CUCUUUACAUGUCAGUGCUCCUCCUAUGCCUGGAGGCGCGAGAGCUGAAGCCGAAAGAAGAAGAGCAUUAGCACUUAAAGCAUUAGACAAACGUCUACAUUCCACAAAUAAUAAGCCAAACUAUGGCCCUACAUCAUUUUUAUCACUAGAUUCAAAACUUUCACCGGGUGAAUCUGUCGCAGUUUCAAUAACAAGUAAUGAAUCAAAAACUUCUGAUGAUAUUGGAUCUGUAUCUUCUGAGCCGGUUUUGUUUGAUGUGAAAGAACAUCUGGAUGAAAAAGAUUUAUAA